AUGCAGUCGGACGGCCUCAAACCAAAGGAAAGCAGAGCAAACUACCGCUCCGUCAUUGACGCUCUAGCCCGCAUUUCCAAGGCGGAGGGUAUCACUGCCCUCUGGGCCGGGGCCUUACCCACCGUGGUGCGCGCUAUGGCUCUGAACUUUGGGCAAUUGACUUUCUUCGCCGAGUCCAAGUCGCAGCUGCAGGCACACACGAACUUAUCGGCUCAGAACCGAACUUUCGCCGCCUCCGCCAUCGCGGGGUUCUUUGCCAGUUUCAUGUCCCUCCCCUUUGAUUUUAUCAAGACGCGAUUGCAAAAACAGCAGAAGGACCCAAAGACGGGCCAGCUUCCCUACAAGGGUGUCCUCGAUUGUGCAAAGAAGGUCAUUAGGGAUGAGGGCUGGUUGAGAUUCUAUCGCGGGUUUGGAACGUAUUACGUUCGAAUCGCACCGCACGCUAUGGUGACCCUUAUCGUCCUCGAUUACCUGAACAUUCUCACCCGGUAA